CACGGUGGUUGGCGGUUGCUACUCGUUCAGUCGCUCACUGCUUAGUUACCAGUGCUCAGUGCUGUUCGGACCGCGUGCCUUGUCGUUUGUGUUUUUAUUAACGGUACGUUCAUUACGUACGUUCUUAUGUCUCGGUAGGCCCAUCUUUACACUAUUAAUAUUGUUUUUAUUAUCCAUCGCCGUCGACCAGUCUAAACGCUUAUUUUCUGAGAGCUAUGCUUGAUAUGAUGAACAAAAUGGCCGAACUGAAGUUCGAAGCGCCUCUGGCGCAGUUCGAGGAGUCGGAUGAGUGGACAAAAAUGAUGGACGAUGAUUCGCCGCUGCAGUCGGCCAAACUCAAUCUUCACAAUCACCAUCAUCAACAAGGAAAUAGUCAGCCGGCGUUAGGUGUUAGCGUACACGAUGCAGAUAAAGAGCAACUGGACAACAUGCUAAGCAACAGUAGUAGGGCACUGGAACCUGCGAACAAAUCUCCGUGCACGCAGUGUGGAGCGAAUAACAACAACGUUGGCGUGGAGGUGACGACGUCGGAUACGGACAAUUUUGGGGAGACAUUUAGCGGGUCUCUGGAAGAUCUUGUACACACGUUCGACGAUAAAAUUACCAGAUGCUUUUGCGAUUACGAGGAGUCUGUAGAAAAAUUAGCACCAGUUCAGAUUAGGACUCAAGAAGAAAUAAUGAAUGAAUGCCAAAUGUGGUGGACAAUCACAGGCAACUUUGGCAAUAUUCUUCCUAUUGAUUGGUCCAAGUCAUAUGCACGCAAAGUUCAACUACCAGUACUCAAUUUAAAUAACAACAUUCAGGAUGAAUCCUCAGAUGAUCUUAGCAGUGAAGAUGAAGCUGUUUCAAACGAUUUAGAUUUGCAUACUUUGAUAUUAUCUGGUCCCAGUGCUGAUAUUGAACCUCCAACUGCUGAUGAAGUCAUUAGAGAAAUUGAUGACAUUAUGGAAGAGGGUACUUCAAAUGACUGUACUCCAGAUUCUGAACAUCAUAAGGAAGUUCAUUCACCGUUGCUAGAAGAAAAAUUAAAAACAUUGAAUGUAUCUCAACUUAAUGAAGUUUACAUGGAAUUAGAGUUGCUGAUCAGAGACUAUUCUGAAACAUUAAUUACAGAACUGGCCUUAAGAGACGAGUUGGAAUUUGAAAAAGAAUUAAAAAACUCAUUUAUAUCACUGCUAUUGGCUGUUCAAAAUCGAAGAAGACAAUAUCAUGUGGAAAAAAAACGUAAUUCAAGAGCAGGAAAUACAAAUAAAAACGUAACAAAUGAGCCUAAAUAUUUAACCACUGUCAUACCAUACCAUUUGGAUAGUGGACCUUUAAGUAAUCAGGCCCUUCAAGUUCUCAUUAAAAUAUUAAAAGCAAUAAAUGAAGACAGUCCCACAGUACCAACAUUACUGACAGACUACAUUCUUAAAGUGUUGUGUCCCACAUAAUUGAAAACAGAUCAGUCAAGUGAAAUAAUCAAUUGCACUCUAAACUCUACGUGAUAUAAGUUACUAUGGCCUAAUUCGUAGAUUUUUAGAGUAUAAGUUCUACUUGAGGUACCUAUAAUAUGUAGACAUUACUAUUAUGAUAUUAAAAAUAUUAUACUUAUAAUUUUCAAUAGUAUUUCUGUAAUAAUAACUCUACAAAACAUCUUUCUUCUUUUUAGCAUAAAUAAUAUUAAUGUGUAAUAUAAAAUAAAUGAAAUAUUUUUUUUUUUUUUGUCUUGUGCCAUUUAGCUAUUA